AUGAUGGCGGAUGAGAGAUUGUUUUUCUCGAAUGCCGUCCAACAAUUGGCAAGAUGUUUGGCCGCUAUCAAACCCACGCCGUGGGAAAAAGUAGCAAAACUGUACAAAUUAUGUCCGCAAGAUUCCGGUCAAGGUGUAUUUCGUCUGGAUCAAAGGGGUCAGGAUGCGACUAUUGCAUUAGGGAUUUAUUUUUUGGAGUCUGGUCUGCAACACCGGGAUAAAAUUUUGCCCUAUCUCUUGAGAUUGUUACGUGGUCUUCCAAAGGCGGUAUGGCGGGACGAGGUAAAAUGUUCGCUCGCCGAACGAGUACCGGUUGCGGAACGUUUCAGUUUCUGUUUGAACACAUUGCUGAGCGACGUGGCAGCCAGAUGUGAACCGGUACGAGAAGAAAUCAUCUCGACGCAGGUCGAGAUACUCGCUGUCCUGACUAAUCUAAUACGCGGAUACAAGGAUCAAAAUAGCAGUAGGGGCUUGCAAGCAAAGAUAUCACUAUGCAAAUGUCUGGUUCCGGUGCUAAUUGGUCUGGCAAGAUCAAUGGGUCGCUUUGCAUGUACGGAUCCACCGUUGCUUUGCCGCAUUUUUCCACGACGAGAAACACCCUCACCGGUGGGCAACACAGAAAAUCGCUUGAUGCCCGAUAAGAAACAGCACAGUUUUUCAAACUUCAGGCCCAUCAUCCCACGAUCUCUGAGCGGCAAUUUUAAUUCUUGUCUCGACAAUGCAUUUCCAGGCUAUGAUAGUCACGAUUAUAACUGCGGCAAAAGACCGUCACUGCAAUCCUUCUUGUCAGUUCCGUAUGAUCCGACAACAUAUUUCUUCAGCCGUUAUGGGUCGAGUUUCAAUCAGUUUCCACAGAUGCGUUGUAACGAGAGUCCCGAAAGAAGGGCCGGGAUGCAAUUUACUGUGGUGCAUUUACAGAGUGUGCUAGCUUUGGCCAAAAAAUUACUUACCAAGGAAAUCUUGACAUUUCUAGACGAAGAAGCGCAGCAAGUGUACAAUUCUGGUCAAGUACAUAUUUUCCCAUAUCGUACUUUCAGCGAGACGAUGAAUCUAGUGAUGGUGGCUCUAUUGCGCGAGUUGUUACAAAAUCAGCGCGACUUACCAGCUCCAUUCACGAGGGACGUGCAGGAGUUCGUGAAAGGUCUAUUUCUUUCGGGUCAAACGGAACUGCAAUCACGGCAGCAUGACGCGAGCGAGCGCGAAGACAUCGACACGAAUUUCCGGACCGUAAAUCGCUUUAAGGUGAACGUAAUGGCCAACUCCGCGUGCGUGGAUCUGCUGGUCUGGGCAAUUGGUGAUGAAACAGUAUCCGGCGAAUAUGAUUUGUCCGCGCUGUUCGCAGAUAUCAGUUCAAUGCUGAUCGGCAAGGGUGCAGAUAGUUUGUGUGGACGGCUCGUGGAGAAGAUUAAUUCCAAUCAUGGGCCCAAGCUUGUAUUGGCGCACAUGCCAUUGCUGAUGGUUUGUCUUGAAGGAUUGGGAAAAUUGGCACAGAAAUUUCCCAAUAUAGCCAGCACGUCUAUAUAUUAUUUACGAGACUUCCUAAUUGCACCAUCGCCAAUUCUUUUGAAACUAUAUCGACAGCACAGUGAAUAUUCCAUGAAGGAACAUCAAUUUAAAGUGUUGGUUCAAGGAAAGGAAAUAAGCGAUUCAAAGCAGACGACAUCAUCAGUACACACGGCAUUUGAAAAACUUCGCGACGCGGCCAUCGGCAAUCUCUGCAUCGCUCUGGAAGCCGCGCAUUCCGUGAAUCCGGACUGCGUUCCAGCGCUCGUGGCCAGUGUCUCGAACAGAUUAUACACUGCAGACAUAUCCGACGGCGAGAGCGACGAGAAAUUGAAGAACGAAGUGGUGUCAAAGAACAUUGUGAUCAUGUUGGGUCACGUCGCCGUGGCGCUAAAGGACACCCCGAAAACGAUGCGCACGAUUUUCCCAUUUUUUCAACAGCUCUUCUGCCGUACUCCCAGCGAUCUCGAUUUCCUCAUAGUGGAUCAAUUGGGUUGCAUGAUCAUUGCUAAGUGCGAACCAAAGAUUUAUGAAGGAAUAAUGCAGAUGUUCUCCAUGUCAUUGGGAUCGAGUACAGCAACAUAUGCCGCGAGCGACGAUCGCAAACAGUACUGUCAUGUAUCCAAGGCGGUUACCAAUGCCUUAGCAAACAUAGCGGCGAAUCUGCAGGGUGAGUCGGAAUUGGACGAUUUGUUGCUUCAUCUUCUAGAACUCUUCGUGCAGUUGGGUCUUGAGGGUAAACGUGCCAGCGAUAAAAUGCCGAAUAGUAUCGCGACGAAAACAGCUAGUAGCGCCGGAAAUCUAGGAGUUCUCAUCCCCGUGAUUGCGAUAUUAAUGCGACGUCUACCGCCAAUCAGACAUCCACAGAAACGACUUCUAAAGCUGUUUAAGGAUUUUUGGUUGUACUGCGUAAUAAUGGGUUUCGCUACCGAUCAUUCCUCGAGAUUGUGGCCAUCCGAAUGGCAUGAGGGCGUUAAAGAAAUCGCCGUCAAGUCACCUUACCUUAUUUCUCAGACCAGUGCCCGUCUGGAAAUGCGAGAGUUGCAGUAUACAUCGGCGGUGCGCAAUGACAGUGUCUCAUUGAAUGAGCUACAAGAGCUGCGGAGUCAAGUAUUGAAGAUAAGCACUCGUACAAACGACAUAUCAGCAUAUGUGACUAAAUUACAAUUUGCGCAAUGCACAUACUUGCUCUCCGUCUAUUGGUCAGAGACCUUACGGGUGGCUAACAGUUCUGAACCGAGUCUGCAACCAAUAAUGGAAUACUUAUGCGACACCGAUUUACAGAAGGACAAGAGCGGUAUGUGGCAGUGCAUAUGCUGUAUAGCGGAUUCUGUAUUUGCAAAAUUCAAGGAUGUGAUGCAACGUAAACCGAAGGAUGAGCAACGUGAGAAAGAGCUCGAGAAUCAUGCGCAAUUUCUGCUGGUGCGUUUUAAUCACGUUCACAAGUUGAUUAGGCGGGUGGCGGAUAAAUACCUCAGUGCUUUAGUGGACGCUUUUCCACAUCUGUUGUGGAACUGCAAAGUUCUUUGGAGUAUGUUGGACAUAUUACAGAUUUUAUCGUACUCAUUACAACUUGAUCCAAAUGAAGAAACUCCUAGCUUAAGAAUACCUGGCACGCCAUACAGCAUUGAGUUGAUGAAUACUCUUGAAGCAAGAGAGAUUAUCGUGAAGGAUUUUACCGCAAGAUGCAAGGGCAUUGUACAGGAAGCCAUGAAGUGGGCACCGCAAGCUACCAAGUCGCAUUUACAAGAAUACAUUAAUCAAAUACCGUCUUCUGGCAUGCGAAAUCAUUCUGGUUUAUCGCUGGCUAUUGACUCAGUCCUUGAAUUUGUGGAUACUGCAAUUCCCACAAUAGUUCCAGCAAAUACAAAUUCCUUGGAUAAGAGGCCACGCGGUCCAAAGGGCGCAAGUUCGUGGUUGCUGUCGAUGAUGUCUACAAGAUCAUGGCACGCCGGUGAAGUAGCGGGUAUGCUCGCCCUUGCGCGCACCGAAUCGCCAACCGCGGAAAUGACUCUCGAAGAGUGCAGGGAUAAAGUCGUCGAGAGAUUGAUCGAAGCUGUUCGCCGCGCCUGUCAGGAUCGCGACGAUACUACCCAUCGAGGAGCUCUUUGGCGUGCUACCGCUCUUUUAAUAUCCAUGCCUGGUAUACACAGACGAUUAUUACACACGGUUGCAUGCUCGCAGAUAGAAUUGUUCACAACCGCAGCCAUGACCACAGCGGUUGAGUGCUGGCAGUGGAUCUUAACUGUACGACCAGAUUUAAAGUUGCGAUUUUUACAAGAGAUGUUACUCGCAUGGCAGUAUACCGUUGAUAAGAAAAUGGGUCUAUUUACAUCGAACGAGCGAGAGAUCAGUCCUCUUGCGGUCUAUGAGGGUUGCAAACUUGGUCCUAAUCCGCCGUAUGUAAAACCGCACGAUAUCUGGGUGACCUUCAUAGUGGAGCUCGUCGAGACAGCCAAGUACUGUUGCCAGGAGACGGUUGAUAUGAUCGCUUUACUCUUGCAUCGCUCGUUACCUAUGACCGUCGGUGCAUCUGGCGAAGAACCCGGUAUCACACGACAUGUCGCUGCAGUCGGCGUACGUUUUAAACUUCUUUCAUGUGGCUUAGUAUUGCUGCAAGGUGACGUUUUACCAAGAACUUUAAGUAAGAAUGUCCUGCGAGAACGUGUCUAUUCCAAUUGUCUGGAUUACUUCUGCCGAGAACGUCAGUUGCCAACCCAAGAAAUUGAUCAGCUUAGCGAAGACAUAGUUACACUCAUACGUUUUUGGCAGGUGAUGCAUAGCGACAAGAAAUACUUAAUGAUGACAGGAGCCGACAAUGAGUUUGAGAUAGUAACAUCUCAAACUUAUACAACCGCAAUGAUUCCAAGCGAGACAAUUGGUUCGUUAGCUGCCACAUUGGCUCCUACACCAAAUGACUUCUCAAGAUCUUCCAGCAACGUGUGGAUGAGUACUAUGCCUAUGUCGACCAGCACCAAUACAUUGAGCAAACGUAGCAAUCGCAGUAAACGAAUUGUAAAUGCUAAUGUUCUUGUGAAAGAUUACAUCAAGAAGCGAAAUUUGAUUCUCGAGUUGUUAGCGGUUGAAAUUGAAAUGUUACUAGUAUGGCGUAAUCCCAGCGGAAGAGCGGAACUUGCGUUGCAAGGUGAAGUAAGUAUCGCGGAUUGGCGUGCCAAGGGGAUGAACGAUCGCUGGCGAGAAUAUACGCGACUCGCGUGGGAGAUCAGUCCCGUUUUGGCCAUAUUUUUACCAGUGCGAUUAAAGAAUCACGAAGUCAUCAUCAAAGAAAUUUGUGGCUUAGUGCGCCUUAAACCCGUGCCAGUCAUGCAUUUGUCGGAAGCAUUGCAGUAUCUUGUUACAACAGACACGCUUCUCAACGAUGUACCUGAAUUAGUUUAUAUGUUAGCAUGGGAAAGAGUAUCUCCAAUUCAAGCGCUGGCAUUUUUCUCACGACAAUUUCCGCAUCAUCCCAUCUCGGCGCAAUAUGCGGUGCACGUGUUAGACAGCUACCCCGCCGACGCCGUGCUCUUCUAUAUACCUCAACUAGUGCAAGCCAUUCGUCAUGAUUCAAUGGGCUACGUAAUCGAAUUUAUUAAGAAGAUUGCUAAACGAUCACAGGUAGUGGCACAUCAGUUGAUAUGGAAUAUGCACACUAAUGUAUAUACGGACGAGGAUAAGCAGAUAAAAGAUCCGGUACUGUACGACGUAUUAGAUUCGUUGACAAAGAAUAUUCUGAAUGCCCUGUCUGGCCCAGCAAAACAAUUCUACGAGAGGGAGUUCGACUUUUUUGAGAAGAUUACUAACAUCUCGGGCGAAAUUCGGCCGUAUCCCAAAGGGCCAGAACGCAAAGCCGCGUGCUUAGAUGCUUUAGCAAAAGUCCAAGUACAACCUGGUUGCUAUCUACCAUCGAAUCCCGAAGCGAUGGUCAUCGAUAUAGAUUAUCAAAGUGGUACUCCUAUGCAAAGUGCUGCUAAGGCACCAUUUUUAGCGCGCUUCAAAGUACAGAGAUAUGGCAUCAUUGAGCUCGAGAAUAUAGCGCUAGCAGUGUCGACCAACGGAAAAGUCGACAGCAAGAAAGAUACGGAAGAACAGACAUGGCAGGCCGCUAUUUUCAAAGUCGGAGAUGACGUUAGGCAAGACAUGCUCGCCCUGCAAGUGAUCAGCAUCUUUAAGAAUGUAUUUCAGAAAGUUGGGCUGAAUCUCUUCCUGUUUCCCUACAGAGUGGUGGCCACAGCUCCUGGGUGCGGUGUAAUAGAAUGUGUGCCACACGCAACAUCAAGAGAUCAACUUGGCCGUACAACGGACAAUGACAUGUAUCAAUACUUCAUCGCACAACAUGGCGACGAGACGACCAAGGAAUUCCAAAACGUUCGACGCAACUUUGUCAAAUCAAUGGCGGCAUACAGUGUGAUUACCUACCUUUUACAGAUAAAGGAUCGUCACAAUGGCAACAUCAUGAUAGACACCCAAGGCCAUAUCAUACACAUUGAUUUUGGUUUUAUGUUCGAGAGCUCGCCCGGUGGUAAUCUGGGCUUCGAGCCUGAUAUCAAGCUGACUGACGAGAUGGUUCUCGUGAUGGGUGGUAAAAUGGAAGCUGCACCGUUUCGUUGGUUUAUGGAACUGUGCGUGCAGGCUUUCCUCGCAGUUAGGCCUUAUCAGGAAGCUAUCAUCUCUCUCGUCUCUCUCAUGCUCGAUACAGGAUUACCAUGUUUCCGCGGGCAAACUAUUAAACUUCUACGCAGCCGAUUUGUGCCGACCGCCACUGAUCGCGAUGCAGCGAUCUUUAUGAUCAAUGUAAUACGUAAUAGCUACCUCAACUUCCGUACGAAAACUUACGAUAUGAUACAGUAUUAUCAGAAUCAAAUCCCAUAUUGAAUUAUUGUCAGGAAACUUACUUCCGUCUCCUUCCCUUCUUCCUUCCCCGUCCAUGUAAUCGUUAAUAGGCGACGCUUUAUGCUCGCCAUGACUGUUGUUAUUGUAUUAGACUCAACUUUAUUGUACUGCAGUUGUUAGAUAUAUCGCAGUAUAACCACUGACUGUGAAACUGUACAAAUGCAUUGGUGUCAAUAUUACUUUAGUCCUAGUAUUUUACAAAAACGUUUAAUCUUGUAUGUAUGUAAUAAUGUAUCAUAUUUAUCUACGAGAGAUCGCUUAUAUAUGUAUAUGUCUGCCGUAUGCAACACAUUUGUAUACGACUACAUUCCUGUUAUUAAUUUAUGCAUUGUUAAUGGAUAAAAAAUUAAAUUACUUUAAUCAUG